AUGGGCAAGGCGCAGGUCAAGAAGAGGACAGCAAAGCGGCACAACCCCAUCCGCGUACCGGACGCUCACCUUGGCGGCGGUCGUGCAGACGGCAAGGCCAACCCUGACAAGGAGAAGCAGCUCCUUCCCGUUCUCGAGAAGCUCAAGGCACCCGAGGCUGCUGAUCGGACGUGGGCAUGUGCGGCUGUUGGAAAUCUCAUCAACGAGGACGCUGCGAUGCGUCGCCUCUUCCAGUCCCGCAACGUUGUGGGCGCGCUCAUCGAGCGGCUGAGUGACGACGUUGAUGAUGUUGUUGUCGAGGCGUCAGGAACCCUCCGUAACCUCGCGAUUGACGGAGGCCACGAGAUCUGCGGCGAGAUGUUCAACAAGGGCAUCAUGCCCCACCUCACUGCUCUUAUGGGCAAGAUCUCCGGGACGAUCGACAACGUGCUUGCCGGGACCGCAAAGGAACUUCCCGAAGAUGAGAUCGAGCGCCGCGGCCACCUCCUCGCUCUCACCGAGAAUGUCAUCAUGCUCGUCUGGAGCCUGGCCGAGGCAAGCUGGAAGACCCUCGAGGCUGUCAACGCCGCACACGGCGAGGGCCUCCUGGUGAAAGCACUGCAAGGUAGGGACCAACUCUCUCCUGGUGUCGCGCUCGCGGCUGCCCAGGCGCUCUUCUGUCUCACGCACGACAACAUGCCGUUCUCAUCCGCUCUCCUGGCGCAGCCCAACGCUCUCCCGGUGCUUGUUGGGAUUGUCAAGGCCGACCACAUGCCAGCCGAGCGCGACGCCAAGGGCAAGGGCCGUGCCAAGAAGUCCAUGGACCUGGAGGACGACGAGACCGCCGAUGGCCGUGCGCUCCUCACCCGCGUGCUCAUUGCCGGCACACUGCGUAACCUCGUCGAUCCUGGGUCAUCCGCAGACUCCAAGGUUGGCAUUGCUACGCUCACGAACGAAGUCAUCCUCCCGUUGAUAAACGGGUUGCUGGACCUCGACCUGGCGCAGGCAGCGGAGCGCGUGACUCAGCUUGUGACAGAAAUUCCGAAGGACGGCCCAGUGCUUGGCAAGGACGUCAAGGUUGACCACAAGUCGACCGCUGAGAUCAAGCUUGAGCGCGUGGAGCGCCUGCUCAGCACUGUCGGUGUGGGCCUGGAGAUCUUGACGUCGAUUUGUGCGGGACUCGAGGACGCGGUCGACGAGGAUAUGGAGGAGGACGGAGCCGACGACGAUGAUAUGGACGAGACGAUGGGCGACGAGGACCUGAUUGCGCGCGGCCGCGAACCAAACGCAAACGGUACGGCGGCCGCCGCACCCAGCGUCAACACCGCCGCGACCCUUCCCCACCUUCUCUCUACCCUCUCCCUCCCAACCCGCCUCCUCACUCUUGCCCAGCUCAACAAGCUCUCCCUCCCUCCUCACGGUCCCAAUCCUUCUGUUCACCCACCCACGACGGCUGCCCUCUCUGUCGUUCACCUGCGCGCACUCGAGGCGCUCAACAACCUCCUCAUCUCUACCUCCGCAGCGGUUAUGGGCGGGGAGCAGCUUGCGCAGCUUCUUCCCCCAGCGAUGUGGGAGGGCGUCUUCGCCAUCGUGCAGGGAACGGGCGAGGACGCGGCGGCACUCAAGGCCAAGGGCCAGGAGAUGCGCCUGGAGCUGAUGGAAGGCGCCCUCGCCGGCGCGUGGGGCCUGUCCAAGACGAUCCCCGCCGCGGCACCCCAGGGCGCAACGGACAUGAUCACGAAAGCAAUCCCAGUGCUUCGGAUCGAGGCUGCCGCUCGCGCGGUUGACACCCUUGCCUCGCUCGCAGCCCGUCCCAGCGUGACAAUUGAGGAGAACGCCGCCGUCGCACAGUGGCUUGUGGCCGCUCUCACCUCCCAGCCCAACGCCGAGAUGAUGGUUGCUCUGCUCAACGCCGUUAUUGACAUCUACGCCGACGAGGGCCGCGAGUAUGACCAGCCUGUGUUUGUUGCCAACAACAUGAUUGGUGCGCUCACAAACAUUGUCGCGCGCGUGCGCUCCGAGUCGCGCAAGAUUGACAGGAGGAAGACCCCGCUCCUCCGUGCUCGCGCUGAGGAGGCGUACGAGAACCUCGUUGCGUUCAUCAAGUACCGCCGGAGUCUGUAG